AAAUCUCUAGACUCUGUGGCUCAGGGAUUGCCUGCCUGUCUUCGUGCCGUUGCCUCCUGUGCGCUGAUGGUAACUGAUGCUGAGAAGAUCGUUUUGUCCCAUCCCCUGAUUCUGCACACCUCACAUCAGGCUGCUGAGCUAUACGCCCUUACACGCGCCUGUGUCCUGUCUGCUGACACUGAUGUCACUAUCUACACAGACUCACGCUAUGCUUUUGGGGUUGCUCAUGAUUUCGGUAGGAUUUGGCAAUCUCGUGGCUUCACUGCCGCCGAUGGUAAGCCCAUUUCCCAUGCGUCACUGGUACAGGAUCUAAUAACUGCCUGUCACCUGCCACGUUCUUUGGCUAUUGUUAAAACCAGGGCUCACUGUUCUGGUGACACGGACGAGGUCAGAGGUAACAGCCUCGCCGAUCGCAUGGCCAAACAAGCUGCAGCCUCACGUCCGCUGCCGCCAGACUUAUCUCCAGCAAUGGUGUCUGUUAAUACCAUGAUCAGUGCUGUUUUACCUGACAUGGAUUUACCUUCCCUACAGGCCUCAGCUACUGAUGCUGAUCGCGCCUUCUGGGCAAAUCAGGGUUGUACCGGUUCCACAAUUUUGGUCGAUGGUCAGGGUCGUCUUUGCCUUCCACGUCAUUGUACGCCUUUUCUCGUCCGCGAAUUUCAUGGUCCCACUCAUCGCGGACGAAGAGGGGUAUUACAUGACCUAACUGAAAAUUUCUGUAUAGAUCACUUAUACACAGAUGUAAACAACAUACUAAACAGAUGCUUAACAUGCGCGCAAAACAACAUCUCCAAACCAGGUGCCAUACAUCAACAUCUUCCCACCCCUGAAACACCGUUUCAGGAAUGGCAGAUUGAUUUCACACACAUGCCCAGACAAGGCCCUUUCAGAUAUCUUUUGGUAAUGGUGGACAAAUUUUCCCGGUGGGUCGAAGCUUUCCCCUGCAGCAAAGAGAACGCUAGAAUAGUGGUUCAGAAGUUAACUACGGAAAUAAUUCCAAGAUAUGGUAUCCCUGUAGGAAUUGAUUCUGACAAGGGAACCCCAUUUACCUCCAAGGUCACCCAGCUUUUGUGUCAAGAGUUAAAAAUCAAUUGGCAUUUCCAUAUUCCAUACCACCCGCAAUCAUCAGGUAUUGUAGAACGAGCCAACCGCACAAUCAAGGACAAAAUUCGAAAAGCCAUGCACGCAUCAGGCUCGAAGAAUUGGCUUCAUGCCCUUCCGCUGGUUUUAGCAGAUAUGCGCAUGACAACUCAAGUGGCUCUCGACCAUUUGUCACCGUAUGAAUUAGUGUUGGGACGACCUUUUCCCCUUCCAUGGCGUCGAGGAAAACAGGCUUUGGGUACAGGGGAUCUAGAUGUGCAUCUCAGCGAAUACGCUGCAGGGUUGCUACAAACAUUGGAUGACUAUUGGACACGGGUAAGUGAGAAAAAAACACAAAUUCCGACAGAAAACACUCAUCCCUUUAAGGUAGGGGAUCGGGUUUUGGUAAAGAAAUUGGACAAAAUGGGGACACCACUGGGUGAAACCCCCUACAGUGCCCCUGCAGACGUAAUUGCUGUAACACGCACGGCUGUGCUAACUGAUCUUUUUCCACAGUGGAUCCACGCUGGACGAGUGAAGCACGCUCCCAAUUAAAAUGAAGUUGUAACAAUUUGUAUUUGACUAUGUUCUUUUGUAUGCCCUAGUAACCAUUAGAGACCAUCCGUAGACCUUGUUCCUCCACAGACUGAGGGUAAAAUCUCGCCCUGGACACCAACGUCGAACCGCAGACACUCUGGUGCAGGCUUAUAGAACACAAACCACACCGC